AAAAAAUUACAUACUGUUCAAAAAAAAUAAUAAAAUAAAACUAAACCACAACGUUGAAGUCAAAUCUUAGUUUACUUAGUCAUCAAUUACUCUAAGGUGCAAGCCCGGGAAUCGGGGGGAAGUUGCAUUGCUACUCAUGUCUUCUUCAUCCUCUCCCAACGGAAAAGAGAAGGAAAUUUUCAUAAUCUUGCCGCUACUUUUCCAGGGAACAACUUUUUCCCGUGGUUCCUCCACUGGACCUACGAAAUUAGAAAUUUCGAUGGAAAAGGAAAAAUCUGUCCAGGCCGUAGUAGCUGCCUCUCUGAAGAAGCUCGAUUUGAACCCUAAUCAUCCAACCCCCAAAGCUCCUGCUCUCGUGGGGUCUCUGAAUUCCUCCAAUAGGUGUCUUUCUCCAAAUAGACUACGCCUCGAGAAGAUGAAGUUGAAGCCUCCUAGUUUGGUGUGCUUGUGUGUCGGAGUCGUCGGAAGGGAUUUGGAAGAUUUUAUGGAUCAAUUAGGCGAUAUUGCUGACUUCUUUCUGGGGGAUAUUAAGAUGGCGAUAGCAGCAAUUGCAAGGAGAAGAAAAUUACUUAGUGAUGAUGUUCUCAUUUCCUUAGCUGAUAGUUCCUGGGGAAUUCUUGACCUUUCCGGCUCGGAAGUUUCUGAUGCAGGCUUAUCAAGAGUGGCUGACGUGUGCAAAUUUCUGCGGGCUGUGGAUAUAAGCCGAUGCAACAAAAUUACUAAAACUGGUGUCUCUAAACUUGUACAUCACUGCCAUUUGUUGGAGACAAUUAGAUGCGGAGGGUGCCCUGCUAGUGAAUCCACUGCUCGCAGAUGCUUGGGUGUUUUCAAACCAAAGCUGAACUAUGCGGAGAGAGAUUCAUGGGAGGAACUUGAUACCAUGGAGAUUGGUCCAGAGUCAUUGCGUUGGCUUGUUUGGCCAAAUGUUGAUAAAAAUUCAUUGGAGAUACUGUCGUCUGAAUGUCCCCGUGUUACAGUAAAUCCAAAAAGACCAAAACCAUCACUCUUUGGUUUUAAGGGGACUGAAGUUCCAAGAGAGGCACUGCCUGAUAUUGCCUUGGAUGAUCCCUUGGUCAAGGACAUCGAUCCAAAAACUUGGAUUGAUUGUAGGCUUACACCAAGGACCAUAUCUCCAUCUCCUUCAAACAACACUGAGGGAGACAAACGAUCAGCACGAAAGUGCGCAAAGAACGCGAGACAACAUCAGCGCCGUGCAGAGAGGGAAUGGAUGAUGUCAAGCCCAACAGCCAAGGCAUUAGUACUGGCCUCUCAAGCACACAAGUCUCUACGUGGUCGUCGCAAACAUUUGAGAAGUCACAUACACACAUAAAAAACAACCUUUACUUUUUCCUCAUUUUCCUUUCUUUUGAUAUUCUUUAUUGUACUAGAGAUGAUGCCCCCCAAUGCAGGGUGUGUUGAUUGGUUCAUCUUAGGAUAGGCCAAAGAAGGCUCUUUAAUGGAAAUUUUUCUAAUUUUGAUGUUCUUUAUUGAACUAGAGAUGACGCCAUGCGUUGCAGGGUGU